AUGCCCCAGACAAAAGGCUUGGAUAAUCAUGCUGUUGGAUCUGGAUUAAUUCUUCUGGGAUUUUCUGACAACCCCAGCCUGCAGGGCCUGUCCUUCACAGUCUUCCUGGUCAUCUACCUUGUGGUCCUCACAGGGAACAGCCUGAUUGCACUCGUCACAGUGCUGGACUCAAGCCUCCACAGCCCCAUGUAUUUCUUCCUGAGGAACUUGUCCAUCCUGGAGGUGUGCUACACAUCAGUCACUCUGCCAAAAAUACUGGUGAGUUUCCUGAUGGAAGGUGGCAGGAUCUCCUUCCUUGGCUGUGCGGCCCAGCUGUAUUUCCUCGUUUUGUUGGGCACCAUUGAAUGCCUUCUCCUGGCUGCCAUGGACUACGACCGCUACGUAGCCGUCUGUGCGCCCCUGCACUACACCCUCAUCAUGAGCAGCGGUCUCUGCAUCAGACUGGUGGUGGGGUCGUGGGUGGCUGUUGUGCCAGUGCAGGUAACACAGACCAACCAGGUGCUUACUUUGCUCUUCUGUGCGUCCCAUGACCUUCAUCACUUUUUCUGUGACGUGCCCCCUUUGCUAGAACGGGCCUGUGCAGACACUUUCUGGAACCAGGUGAUGCUGUACACCAUCAUCCUGGUAUUUGCAGUUCUGCCCUUCUCCUUAAUAGUGAUUUCUUACAUUAAAAGUAUCAGGGUGGUUGUGAAAAUAACUUCAGUUCUGGGCAGACACAAAGCCUUUUCCACCUGCUCUUCACAUCUCGGGGUGGUGACACUUUUCUAUGGCUCAGCCACAGUUGUCUACUUCAAGCAAUGGUCAAGGGAUUCUGCAGACACCAACAAAUACCUUGCCCUGUUUCACACAAUCGUGACCCCCAUGUUGAACCCUGUCAUCUAUAGCCUGAGGAAUAAGGAAGUGAGAAUUGCCUUGAAAAGACUCUUAUAG